AUGCUCAAUGUCGUCUUGAACUAUUCGACUUCUGUUCUCAAUACAGAUUAUGCAUCCAGAGUUGCUGAAACGUUCCAGCAUGUACUUUUUACCAUGGUGCAGAAUCCACUGAAAACCUACCGGGAACUGGAUAUCUGCAGCCCGCGGGACAAAACACAACUAGCCAUUUGGAACAAAACUCCACCAAAGUUUUCGCCACUGUGUAUACAUGCUGUAAUUCAAGAGCAAUGCAGGAAGCGAGGUACCAGCAUAGCAGUCAGUGCGUGGGACGGGGAUAUGACCUACGCCGAGCUUGACGAGCAUUCCUCGCGGGUGGCAGCGCAUCUUCAGCAGCUAGGCGUAGGUCCGGAAGUAUAUGUACCGCUAUGCUUCGAAAAGUCGAAGCUGGCUAUUGUCGCUCUUCUUGGAGUUAUCAAGGCUGGCGGAGCAUAUGUUUUUCUAGACCCUUCCUAUCCGGUAUCUCGAAUGCGGAGCAUCUGUGAUGAUCUCCAUGCAAAUUUUCUCGUCACUUCAGCGAGAACCAACUCCGUUGGGAAAAAUUUGGGCAUGAAGGUUGUCUGUCUCAAGGACGACUGUGCUAUUGAUGGCGAUACUUCAUCUUCAAGGCCCUAUAUUGAGUCCCAAUCUCAACCAUACAACGCUCUGUAUGGAGUGUUCACUUCUGGAUCGAGUGGGAAGCCAAAGGGUGUGACGAUGGAACAUGGUGCCUUUUACGCAGCUGCCAUGGCCAACGGCCCUGCAUUACACCUGGAUGAACAGUCACGAGUGCUACAAUUUGCUAAUUUCAUCUACGAUGUCGGCAACCGCGAUGUACUCAUGACACUCAUGUUUGGGGGUUGUAUUUGUAUACCCUCGGACCAGGAGCGGUUGACUGACCUCGAAAACUUCAUGAAUCGGUAUCGCGUAAAUUGGGCAAGUUUGACUCCGACAUCAGUGUCUCUUCUCGAUGCGACAAAGGUUCAGACUCUUCGUCAUCUGCUAAUGGGCGGGGAGGCCUUGACUGCCGAUGUUACGACUACAUGGGCGAGGCGCGUCGAAUUGAUGAACGCGUAUGGCCCAUGCGAAUGCGCGGCUAUCAGCUCACUGCGAAAUGUAACAAGCUCUGACUCGGAUCCUGCGAAUAUAGGUCACGGCGUUGGG